GAAAAAACUCUGAACGAUGGCAGCGUUGAUCAAGGGUAUCAAAUUUGCAGCCCAAAUUUCCAACCGAAACCCUGCGCUGCUAUACACAAGUGUAAGAAACCAUGGGUGGAACAAAGAUUUCAAGCCUAGCAAAUUUCCUGAAACGGAAAAGGAACGUGAGACAGCUGCCAAAAAGUACGGUUUAACUGCCGCCGAAUACCAACCCUAUCCCGACGAUGGUCUCGGUUAUGGUGACUAUCCAAAGCUGCCAGAAGUGCCGGUAGAGGCGCGCGAUCCUUACUAUCCGUAUGAUUUUCCGGAAUUGAAGAGGAACCUUCAUGAUACACUCCACGCGGAAACUGACUUCUGGUCGGAAGAUCGAUUCGGCUCGGCUGAACCGCUACGCUACGAAAUGAAAACCUAUUGGCUAGCAUUUUUGGGUGUUAUGGCAGGUUGCCUUGCGGUUUACUAUUGGCUUGAAAAUUACAAAAUGUUCCGACCAGUGCUUGCCAAACAGUACCCAUACGAAGGCAAGGACCAUUACACUUUCGACAAGAAGUAGAUCCACAGCACGUUUGAUCGGAAACAUAGACCCGGUUAACCGAUUAGAAAUUGUCUUGAAUUUCCGGUUACAACAAUAACAGUAACUACACAUCCGGCGAGCCUGCGGUUCCGGACCUUGAUUCUGGUCAAAAUAACAUCGUAGAUUGCAACAAUUGUUUUUCGCGCUAUGUAAAUAAAAAAAUUACAAAGCCCA